CUAAAACUUGUCAUUUUUCAUUUCCCAGUUGAUUAGUGGGCCGUCCUCAUAAUAUUUUUUGUGAUUGUUACAAUAAAUACAUCGCUAUGAUGGCUGAGGACACGACAGCCGACGCGACAAGACGUUUAAAUGUUAAAAAACAAACGCUAGACGACGCUUACGCGGCGCCAGCGAAUUUUUUGGAAAUAGACGUUGUCAACCCAGUGACUACUAUGGGAGUCGGAAAGAAACGCUACACAGAUUACGAGGUUCGCAUGAGGACCAACCUGCCCGUAUUUAAAGUGAAGGAGUCCAGUGUAAGACGACGAUACAGUGAUUUUGAAUGGCUCAGGAACGAACUAGAGCGAGAUAGCAAGAUCGUAGUUCCACCUUUACCAGGCAAAGCGCUUAAGAGACAGCUACCUUUUCGCGGAGAUGACGGCAUUUUCGAAGAGGAAUUCAUCGAAGACCGUAGAAAAGGUCUAGAAGUGUUCAUAAACAAGAUAGCAGGCCAUCCGCUCGCGCAGAACGAGCGCUGCCUCCACAUGUUCCUGCAGGAGCCCACCAUCGACAAGAGCUACGUGCCCGGCAAGAUACGGAACACAUAAUGAACAACCGCCGCCGGCGAGAACAACACUUUAACGCAACGCUCGCUGCGUGAACUGGUUAUUUAAAUGCGGGUAGUUGGAUAUUAACUGUUUUGGGACGACUUGGUCUCUCAUUGAUUAUACAAAGAGGUUCUGAAUAAUGAGUAUGGUUGUUUUACUCAAAUUUAAACAAUGCAAUUCCGGUCGAAAGUGAAGUGUAAAAAAGUGUAAUUUUUUUUGUUUCUACUGAGUAUAUUGCAUAUCAAAUCCUAAACAGGAAUGGAUAAAAUGUGGGGUAGGGAAACUUAAAAUAGUGCGUUCCAGUUCACGUAUGCGAGAGGGUUGUAUUAAAGCACCUCCCUGAACGUUAUUGCUAUUGUGGCAUACAUGUAUAUCAUUAAUAAUAUUGCCUUUAUAUUACUUUCGUAAUGCUCACAAUACGCAAUAAUAUUCCGAGAUCCUACACUACACGAGACGUAACAGGUUCACAGCACAGCAUUCCACAGAUUAUAUAUUUAAAAAAGUCGAAAAACAGAAAGACAUGGACAGCUUCCUUUAUAAAAUAUGUAAAAAAAAGUAUUCACUAAAAUCAGCCUUAUUUAAAUUGGCCGUUGCCAUAUAUUAUGUGAGUGUCACAUUAUAUAAAAAUAUUUUAUAGUGUUAUAGUUUAAAUUAAGCAAUAUUAUCGAAAUUGUUAACAAAAAAAAAAUAUGAUUAUUCAUUAGCUAUCGAUUUAUUUCACGUGGAUUGCCAGGUGUAUGUUUUAUUGAAAUUUAUUUUUAAUCUCAUUAUUUUAAUGUUCAUUUCAUUUUUUAUAAUAAGUAAUUUGUAUUUAUUGUGAAUGUACUCAUUGGGUGUAUUGUUGACGUAAUAUAUGCUACGCACUUCAGUGUUCAUGACAUAUCCAACGCCAAAACGAAAACAGGAAACAGUCGCGUUUAUUUAGCUUUGGCGUAGCAUAACUUAUUGUCAUAUUUAAAGAAUAUUAGCGACAUUAACAUUUAACGCUCUGAUCUCUCUAGUAUUAGAAAAUAUAUAUUUUUGUCAUUUUCAUAACUUGAAUAAUUUUAUGAUCACAUUUUGUAACAAGGAAAUCUGCCACCUGGAGAGAUUUGAAGUGUUUUAUGUGUUGUAAGUGUUGAAA